AGAUAACUGAGUAAAGAGAGAUGAAGAUCCAAGUUAUGGUGAUGCUGUUGAUGAUCAUGGGUGCUCAAAACACCUAUUCAGAAGAUGAGAAACAAAAAUGUGAAGCGAUAUCUGAUUUACUCAGCAAUGACGUUAUAAUGCCGACGACGAAAUUUUGGAGCCAGGGAAGUAAGGGGAGAGUCCCUGUGAAUGUGGAGGCCUUCGGUGCAGUUGGUGACGGAGUCACAGAUGAUACCCAGGCGUUUCGUGAUGCAUGGGAUAAAGCGUGCUCGUUGAAUAAUGCAGUAUUCCUAGUGCCAGAGCACCGUCGAUAUAAAGUUAACGCUACGAGGUUUCGAGGGCCUUGCGGAGACAGGUUGCUUGUUCAGGUCAGUGGGACCAUUGUAGCUCCUGAGGAGCCCGAGGAUUGGGAUCCGACGAACCCGAGGACUUGGCUCCAUUUCUCAAAUCUUUCAGGUGUCAGGAUCCAGGGAGGUGGGGUUAUCGAUGGCUCGGGCAGUAAAUGGUGGGCUAGUUCCUGCAAGAUCAAUAAGACCAAUCCAUGCAAAGCGGCUCCAACGGCGUUGACGAUUGAUUUGAGCACGGGGGUAAGAGUGAAGGGCAUAACUGUUCAGAGCGCGCAGCAAAUGCAUUUCACAGUUUCCAGGUCGGAAGCUAUAAGAAUCACUGGCGUCAGAGUGCGGUCCCCACGAGACAGCCCGAAUACAGAUGGAAUUCAUAUCGGUGAAUCCACUAAUGUUGUCAUCCAAAACUGCAAAAUUGGGACGGGAGAUGAUUGUAUUUCAAUUGUGAAUGCUAGCUCAAAAAUAAAGAUGAAAAACAUUGAUUGUGGACCCGGGCAUGGAAUCAGCAUAGGGAGCCUUGGUAAGGACAAUUCUACUGCCGCAGUAACUGGUAUCGUCUUGGACACAGCAACACUCACAGGUACUACCAAUGGCCUAAGAAUCAAGACCUGGCAAGGGGGUUCUGGUUAUGUUAGAUCAGUACGCUUCGAAAAUGUCAAGAUGAGUGAUGUAGAGAACCCGAUCAUUAUCGACCAAUUUUAUUGUGAUUCGCCAGUUUCGUGCAAGAAUCAGACAUCAGCUGUGAAGAUCAGCCAGGUCAUAUACAGAAACAUCAGCGGCACCUCGAAGAAUUCGAAGGCCAUGAAGUUUGCUUGCAGCGACACAGUACCCUGCAGCGGGAUUGUAUUGAACAACAUCAACCUAGAGAGAGAGAAUGGCAGCUUGGAGACCUUCUGCAAUUGCGCCAUGGGGUUUGAUUUCGGAGUUGUGAGGCCUGCAGCAGAUUGCCUGAAAAAUGAUAAGAACUCGCGUUGUGAUGCGAAUUCGCAGGACAGCGAUCAAAAGCUAAUUCACACAGAGCUAUGAUCGUGUGCUGAUACGUUCAUUAUCUGUAAUUGUCCUCGUGGCGUAAUUUGCCUAUAUAGUUACUAGAUUGGCACCUCCAAAGAAAUUUUAGUAAAAUAGCAAAAGUAUAUAUUGAGUACAUCUAUUUUGUUUCGUC